AUGAGUAACUCAGAAAGCCAAGAUUUGAUCAUCCACUGUGAAGAUGAGCAGCAGCAGCAGAAUAGUGAAGAUGAUUUCUAUGAUGUUGAUGACUAUGACAUUGACGAAUCCUACUAUUUCUAUGUCAUCAAUGCAAUUCUAAGUGGCACUGCAAGGCUGAAUGUUCUGUUGCCUACAGUGACGAUCCUUGCCUUCAGCAUUUUUGCACCAAUUCUGACAGAUGAUGGUGAGUGCAACACAUUGAACAGAUGGUUGAUGGGAAGCUUUUUGGCCCUUUUGGCAGUGUCAUGUGUGUUCUUCACCUUAACUGACAGCUUCAGAAGUGGCAAUGGAAGGUUGUACUAUGGAGUGGCAACAUUGAGAGGGAUAUGGACCUUCAAUGGGGGCAAGAAGAAGCCUCGUUUGCCAUCAGAUUAUAGACUGAGAUGGAGUGAUGUUUUCUAUGCAUCAUUGUCUUUGGUCUCUUUUCUUGCUUUUGCAGGGUUGCAUCAAGAUGUGGUAAAGUGUUACUACCCAGCAUUGCCUAGAAAGCUCACCAACACUCUCCCUCUUGUGGUUGGUUUCUUUGUCAGUGUCUUGUUUGUUGCUUUUCCAUCCAAGAGAAGAGGAAUUGGAUACCCCUUCUUGCUGCAGAGAGAUCCAUUCUACUCUUCUACUAGACCUUGA